UUGUCAGGAGCUGUGACUAGACAAUAGCGUCAUUUCCGGUUCUCUCACUUUCAUACCUAACAGCUAUGACAAUCAGGUCAUUUAACAUGUGGUUUUCUGUAUCUUGAAAAAGUAUAAAUAGUGAAGCAAAUUUUACAAAAAUCAAACCUGGUGUUCAAUCUCUGAUAUUGAAAUAAUGAAGACUCUUUUUGUUGUCGUCGUCUUGUUCGUCGCAGCUGUCGUCGCUGAGGAGACAGAGGAGCUGAAAGAAGCCGAAUCCUACGUAGCUCCUGCCACCUAUGGACACGGUGCCUACGGUGCUGGAUACGGUGCCAGCGGAUACCUGAAAGCUGCUCACGGUGCUCACGGCUACGGUGCUCUUGGUGCCCACUCCCGCUAUGGAGCCUACGGACACGGUGCCCACGGUCUUCGUGCCAACGCUGCCCAGCGAAACCUGAAUGCCUACGGUGCCCACGGCGGAUACGCUGGACACUACGGAGAUGUCGGUGCCUACGCCCGUAACAAGGGAGCCGGAUACACCAGAGCUUACGCCUACGACAAGCAGGCCGGUUACCACAACCGUGGCGCUGCCCAUGGUGCCUAUGGAGCUCGUUACGGUCUCCACGAUAACUACGGCCACGCCAACCUCGGUGCCUACGGCCGCUACGGACACGGUGCCUACGGUGCCCGUGACCUGUCUGCCGCUCACGGUUACGGUUCCUACGGUCGUCUGGGAGCCGGAUAUGGCACCCACGGAUAUGGCUAUGGAAACCAUGGUUACGGGUAUGCUCCAGCCUAUCAUGGCUAUGGCUACCACUAAAUUCACGUGUUCCUGCAGCAAGCACGAACUGUUGUGGCCAUCCUGUGACUGGGGGAAGAGCUUCUAAACAUUACAUGCCAAGUAAAAGAAAGGAAACUUCUCCCCUUCCUUCUAGAACCUCCAUCUUGACUUUCUUGUCAUCUUGAAUUUUUCUAUCCUCCGUGUCCUUCUCUCUAAACUAUUUGUUGUUACCGUUGAUAACGUUUAUUUAUUGUACAAGUUAUGUAUAAAAUAAAAGA